AUUAGCGUUUGACGAUACAGAAGAACGUCAACGAGUGCAUUGGGUUCAUCCACUAAAUUCUAAUAGAAUAACUUUGGGUGAAUUUAGUUGUUUAUACAGUCACUUACGACAGUAUCCUGACCGUUUUUUUAACUAUUACCGAAUGUCAUUAAAAUCGUUUGAUGAAUUAGUUAGUACAAUGCGAUCAAGCAUUUCAAAGAAAAAUACGAAAUUUCGACAAGCUAUCAGCGUAGAAGAACGAUUGACAGUUACAUUGAGAUUUUUGGUAACUGGAGCGCGGUUUACAGCUUUAAGCCAUCAGUUCAGAAUGGGUAGAACCACCGUAAGUAAUAUAAUAAAAAACACCUGUGAUGCAUUAUGGAAUGUUCUACAGCCAAUUGAAAUGCCUAAUCCUACAGCUCAAAAAUGGCAAGACAUUUCAAAUGUUUUUUAUGAAAAAACUAAUUUUCCAAGCUGCAUUGGUGCAGUUGAUGGAAAACAUAUACGGAUAUUUAGUCCUCCACAUAGUGGCUCUAAUUUUUUUUGUUACAAGAAAUUCUUUUCAAUCGUUCUUAUGGCAAUUGCUGAUGCAAAUUAUUGUUUUACCGUUAUUGAUGUGGGGUCGUAUGGACGUGAAGGAGAUACGAAUAUUUUUAGGCAAUCUGCUUUUGGUAAAAAACUUUAUGACAACUCAUUAGCCUUACCAGACUCUACUUGCUUACCUAAUACUGAUGGACCGGAAUUACCUUAUGUUUUGAUCGGAGACGAAGCUUUUGGAAUACAUAGGAAUUUAUUAAGACCUUAUUCAAGUAGAGACCUGAAUCAUUCAAAACGAAUUUUCAAUUAUAGACUAAGUAGAGCAAGAAGAUAUGUAGAGUGCACCUUUGGAAUUCUUUACAAAAAUUUUAAAUAUUUUAUGGUUGUAUCGCGGUAGAACCUGAUUUUGUAAGUAUAAUUGUUCAAGCAGCAGCAGUACUACAUAAUUUCAUAAGACGACGAGAUGGAUUUGCGUUUGAAGACAGUUUAAGCUGCGACAUGUUGUCUAUUGAAUCUCGUGGAGCUGCAUCACGCUCUUUAGAAGGAAAGCAAGUGAGGGAUCAGUUUGCCAAUUACUUUGUAAGUGAAGCUGGGAGUGUUCCAUGGCAAAACGAUAGGAUUUAAUACCUACGUUAAAAUUAUAAUUUUUACAAUAAAAAUGACUAUAA